AUGGCUGAAAAAUUAGAAGAUCUGAAUCUACCCAAUGCAGUGGUGACUCGAAUUAUUAAAGAAGCGCUUCCAGAAGGAGUGACAAUCGGCAAGGAAGCCAAAGUAGCUGUCGCGAAAGCCGCGUCUAUUUUCAUCUUGUACCUGACAACCUCAGCGAACACCGUCGCCAAGAAAACUAACCGGAAAACGAUAACGGGUCCAGAUGUCCUCCAAGCCAUGGAAGACAUUGAGUUUGACAGGUUCGUAGAUUCGCUCCAGGACGCGCUCAACAAUUUCCGAAAGUCCCAGAAGGAGAAGAAGGACGCGAGUAAGAAAAAGACCCAGAAGCCUGAUGACAAAGACAGCAACGAGGUGGAAAUGAUCGAUGACGAGUAA